AUGAAAGCAUUGUCACAGAAAGACUCUGUGCAAGAUCAGGUGCAUCUUGUUUCCUUACCGGACGGGUUGGAACCCUGGGAAGAUAGAAAUGAGUUGGGCAAGUUAACAGAAUCAAUCUUUAAGGUCAUGCCUACGAAGCUUCAGGAGCUUAUAGAAAAGAUUACUGUGUCGGAAAACGAUCAAAUCACCUGCGUUAUUGCUGAUGAGAGUAUGGGAUGGGCCCUGGAAGUGGCGGAGAGGAUGGGAAUAAGGAGAGCAGUCUUCUGGCCUGCAGCAGCUGCCACGUUGGCAUUAAUAUUUAGCACUCCAAAGCUAAUUGAUGAUGGAUUCAUCAACAACCAUGGAACUCCCAUAAAGAACCAGAUGAUUCAGUUGUCGCCAAGCAUGCCGUCGAUAAACACUACAAAUUUAGCAUGGGCUUGCAUCGGCGACUUGACUGCACAAAAAAUCAUUUUCGAAGUUGUGGUCAAAAAUAUUGAAUCAUCAAAAACAGUAGAUUGGGUGAUUUGCAACUCGAGUUAUGACCUGGAGUCAGCAACGUUUACCUUAUUUCCACACCUCUCACCUAUAGGCCCAUUAUUGGCAAGCAACCGGCUUGGGAAGUCGGCAGGCUACUUCUGGCCAGAAGACUCCACUUGCCUGAGAUGGCUUGAUCAACAACCAUCCCACUCAGUAAUCUAUGUUGCAUUUGGAAGCUUCACUGUUUUUGACCAGAACCAAUUUCACGAAUUGGCUCUAGGGCUUGAACUCACCAACAGACCAUUUCUGUGGGUUGUGCGACCGGACAUGACUGAGGAGGCAACCGACGUAUACCCAAAAGGAUUCAUAGAAAGAGUAGGUGGUAGAGGACGAAUGGUGGGUUGGGCACCCCAACAAAAUGUCCUAGAACAUCCUUCUAUUGCUUGCUUCUUAAGCCAUUGUGGAUGGAACUCUACCAUGGAGGGUGUAAGCAGCGGAGUCCCUUUCCUGUGUUGGCCUUACUUUGCCGACCAGUUUCUUAACCAGAGCUAUAUUUGUGAUGUUUGGAAGGUUGGACUAGGGUUUAAUCAAGAUAAAAGAGGUAUCAUCAAUGGUGAAGAAAUUAAGAAUAAAGUGGAGCAACUCCUUGGUGAUAAAAUGUUCAAAGCAAGGGCCCUGGAUCUUAAAGAAAAGGCUAUGAAUGGUGUCAAAGAAAAUGGUUGCUCACAGAAAAAUUUCAGCAAUUUCAUCGAGUGGAUGAAGGAAAGGAAAAGUAGUUAA